CGUAGCUUCACUUUCGUCGAUGGCAUUACCUAACCAGCAAACCGUGGAUUACCCAAGCUUCAAGCUCGUCAUCGUUGGUGAUGGAGGCACAGGGAAAACCACAUUUGUAAAGAGACAUCUUACUGGAGAGUUUGAGAAGAAGUAUGAACCCACUAUUGGUGUUGAGGUUCAUCCUCUUGAUUUCUUCACUAACUGUGGCAAGAUCCGUUUUUACUGUUGGGAUACUGCUGGCCAAGAGAAAUUUGGUGGUCUGAGGGAUGGUUACUAUAUCCAUGGGCAAUGUGCCAUCAUCAUGUUUGAUGUCACAGCACGUCUGACAUACAAAAAUGUUCCAACAUGGCACCGUGAUCUUUGCAGGGUUUGUGAAAACAUCCCAAUUGUUCUUUGUGGGAAUAAAGUUGAUGUGAAGAACAGGCAAGUCAAGGCUAAGCAAGUAACUUUCCACAGGAAGAAGAAUCUCCAGUAUUACGAAAUAUCUGCCAAGAGCAACUACAAUUUCGAGAAGCCAUUCUUGUACCUUGCUAGAAAGCUCGCCGGGGACCCUAAUCUUCACUUUGUGGAAUCACCUGCCCUUGCUCCUCCGGAAGUUCAAAUCGACAUGGCUGCUCAGCAGCAGCAUGAGGCGGAGCUUGCAGCGGCAGCAAGUCAGCCACUUCCUGAUGAUGAUGAUGACACCUUUGAGUAGAGAGAGAGAGAUGUGAUCCGUCACUGAUACCCGUUAGGGCUUGUGUGAACCUUUUUGUUUUCAUGGUGCUAUUUUUAUGUGUCGUACUUUUCAAAAUGAAUUGAUGACAUUAGU